UGAAUACGAAUUUCAAAGGCCCUUCUACGGCAAUCCGGACGAUAUAACACAGCUGAAGGAAGUCGGACAUAUAGUCUUGCAUAUUCCAGAUGAAAUUGUGCGGCCGCAUACUAUUGGAUGUUUGGCGUUUGAUGCGCUCAGAAAUUGCGCUCACUUCGUACAAAUUUGAAAAUAUCAUGUAUCACAUUCUACACAAGCGCUGCCCUGCACACAGUCAUCGCGCACUCACCGAAUGGUUCGAGGUGCCCUAUACGCGAUGGAUUGUCAUUGAGUACUAUGUUGAGCGUGUGCGCGGUACGCUCGCGUUGCUGGAGCAGCUGGAUCUCAUUGGCCGCACCAGUGAGAUGGCAAAGCUGAUAGGUAUACAAUUCUACGAGGUACUGUCGCGUGGCUCACAAUUUCGCGUUGAAAGUAUGAUGCUCAGGAUAGCAAAGCCUCGUAAUCUGGUACCACUGUCGCCGAGCGUACAGCAACGCGCACACAUGAGAGCCCCUGAAUAUUUGCCUCUCAUUUUAGAACCGCAGUCGCGGUUUUACUCGGAUCCAGUCAUAGUAUUGGAUUUUCAAAGUCUCUACCCGAGCAUGAUAAUCGCUUAUAAUUACUGUUUUUCCACUUGCUUAGGACGUGUGGAACAUCUAGGACACUCUCCUCCAUUCGAAUUUGGAGCGUCACAGUUGCGCGUUUCGCCAGCAUUGUUGCGCCGUUUGGUGGAAGAUGACCUCAUUUCCAUAUCGCCCUGUGGUGUGGUGUUCGUUAAAGCCUCUGUUCGCGAGGGUAUUUUGCCGCGCAUGCUCAGUGAAAUCCUGAAUACUCGUCAAAUGGUUAAGCAGUCCAUGAAGCUGGAUAGAUCGAACUCUGCGCUACAGCGUGUACUACACUCCCGUCAGCUGGGUCUCAAACUCAUGGCGAAUGUAACUUACGGAUAUACGGCGGCUAAUUUCAGUGGCCGCAUGCCGGCUGUCGAAGUGGGCGAUUCGGUUGUUGCAAAAGGCCGCGAGACGCUAGAACGCGCCAUACGAAUGGUCGAGUCGAACGAAAAGUGGCGCGUGCGGGUCGUGUACGGUGAUACUGACUCGUUGUUUGUGCAGGUGCCUGGACGAAACCGGGAGACGGCUUUCAAAAUAGGCGAGGAAAUCGCAGAGGCGGUCACCAAAGACAACCCGCAGCCGGUCAAAUUGAAGCUGGAGAAAGUGUAUCAGCCCUGUAUACUGCAGACAAAGAAACGUUAUGUUGGCUACAUGUACGAAACAGCAGAUCAAACGGAACCCGUGUACGAGGCUAAGGGCAUUGAGACAGUGCGCCGAGACGGCUGUCCGGCUGUUGCAAAGAUGCUAGAGAAGGUAUUGCGCAUCCUAUUCGAAACGACGGAUGUGAGCCAAAUCAAACAAUAUGUUUGCCGCCAAUUUAGUAAACUGCUGGCUGGACGUGCCAAUUUGCAAGACUUAAUAUUUGCGAAGGAGUUCCGCGGAUUGAAGGGUUACAAGCCGACGGCAUGCGUGCCGGCGCUGGAAUUGACGAGAAAAUGGGUACAGAGUGAUCCGCGCCGAGUGCCGCGUUGUGGUGAGCGCGUUCCAUUCGUAAUUGUCAACGGGCCACCAGGCGUGCCAUUGAUACGGCUUGUGCGCAGUCCGCAUGAAGUACUCGAGGACGAAGGCUUGAAGAUCAACGCUGUUUAUUACAUUACCAAGGCUAUUAUACCUCCUCUUAAUCGCUGCCUCCUUCUCAUUGGAGCCGAUGUGAAUGAAUGGUUCGCUAGCCUACCGCGCAAACUUCUACUCGCACCACCAGUAUCCGCAGCUAAUAAACUCAAUAGUGGUAAUUAUGUGGCUACAGCGCAUCAGCCGAAGAAAAGCACAAUUUCACAGUAUUUCUCAGUUACGAAUUGUAUAACUGACUGUGGGCGCCAGACAAAGCAGGGCAUCUGUGAGGUAUGCGUACAACAACCACAACGAACAUUUGUUACGCUGCAUGCAAAAAUGGCUAAAAUUGAACGGGGUUAUCAGCUGGUGCAGCAGAUAUGUCAAGCAUGUUGCGGGCGAGUAGGAGAGUUGAAUUGCUGUUCCCUAGACUGCCCAGUAUUGUUUGUGAGUGAGGUGAAGCGGCGAGAUCUACAGCAACUCGAACAUAUGCGCAGUCUCUUAGACGAGAGGUUUUAAUUUUUAUAUGGAAUGUCGUACAUGGAUGCGUAAAAGACAACAGGAUUUUGUUAACUGCAGGUUUGGACGCGUCACAUGUUGACCUCUUCACACUUUAUUAAAUCAAUAUCAGGUUUAAAAUUUCCAAGUAUUUUAUUAACAUUUUGUAAUAUUUAGUGCACAAAAUGUAUCGAGCCCAUGUAGCGAGCGUAGGGAACAUGCAUGUAUUGUAUUAAAAAAUGUCACAACUUGUACGUACAUAAUUAUGUACUCAUGUACGAAUGCACACCAUGAUGAUGGUAGUAUUGUUACAUUACUGUUUUUUUUUUUACAAAUUACAAAAUAAAAUUUUGCCAAUAGAUGUACAAUUAAUAAUUUGUGAUUUGUUGUUUAAUAAAUAAAGUAAGGUAAACACUGAUUUGUUUUCCCUUACAUUUAAUAAUUAAUUUUAAUAAUUUUAUGGCACUCAUGCAAAUGUGAGUGAAAGGUGCUGCAAUAAUCCAUAAAAAGCCAAUUUACAAUUUCUUUAAACGCUAAAAAUUUCAUAGCAAUUCGAACAAUAUCUCAAUCAGUGUAUAAUCAUGAUUGUUUACAAUAAAAAAUUGCAAACAAUUCUGAACAUAAAAAAAAAUCUAUUGCAUGCAAUUAUCCACAUUUAAAAUGUUGGUGCAUAUAUAUCUAUCUAAUGCAUGGGCAGCGGUUCCAAAUAUUUUGAGCAUACAAAUUACUUAAUGACGUUAUACAUUUAAGGCAAAAUUCAAUUGUAAAUAUACAUACAAAUAUUGAAAAAA